UGUUAGCAGUCUAAGCGGCUUAGUUUGCGAUUAUGGCAGAGGGCAGUGGCUUCGACGAAAUGGAAGAAAUCUUAAAUUCUCCCUCUGCACAUUCUGACGACAACGUCAAGUUUAAAGAUCCUCUUCUUACUGGAUUGGACAGAGACAGUGAUGAUGAUGGGAUGGAAAGUCUUGACUUAGAUGUGUCCACCAAAUCAGAGGGAACUGUCUCACGUAGUUCUAGUCUUAUAGCAAAUUUUCGCCUUGAUGAAGAUGAAGAUGCAGAGACACGAGAUCUUUUUAUAGUUGUGGAUGAUCCAGAGAAGCAUACAAGUACGCUUGAAGCAUAUAUUACAUUCAGAGUAACUACAAAGACCACACGUGCAGAGUUUGACAACUCAGAUUACAGCGUAAGGCGACGCUAUAACGACUUUUUGUGGCUGAGGCAACGCCUAGAAGAGACCCAUGCAACUCAUUUGGUUCCACCUUUGCCAGAGAAACAUAGUCUAAAGCGGCUGGAUCGAUUCAGUACAGAGUUCUUGCGAGUUCGACAGAAAGCACUACAGAAAUUUCUUACUCGCAUUGCAGACCAUCCCGUCCUGUCCUUUGAUAAAAACUUUCAAGUAUUUCUUACUGCUAAAGCAUGGGAGUUCCAGUCUUACAAAAAACAAGGGAAGGGUUUUAUAUCCCAAGUCACAGAUUCCAUCCACAACUUAGGAGCAUCCUACAUGAUGAAAAACAGGCCCACAGAAUUUGCACUCAUGCAAGAGUACAUCAACAUCUUUGGUGAAAAACUAGGUGUCAUGGAUCGCAUAGCUACUCGUGUUCUCAGAGAACAAGCAGAUUACCAUUCAGAACUGUGUGAGUGGGGGCCUUGCUACACACUGUGGGCCAAUUCUGAAGACCAGCUGACAGGUCCUUUACUUGCCAUGUCUGCAGCUAUUGACCAUUGUUGCCAGUCAUUAAAGAUCCUAAUUGAUGACACAGAUGAUAAUCUAGCUCAGCCAUUAAAAGAGUACAUUCUGUACACAGAAUGUAUCAAGGCUGUCCUGAGGAGGCGAGAUGCAAUUCAGAUGGAAUAUGAUAUGGUUGUGGAUGAACUUAACAAACGCAAAGAUGAACGUGAACAGUUGAAAAUCUCAGAUCAGACGUACUCCAUUGGUGCCUUUCUGGGAAAAGACCCUGAAGAUGUCAAGCACCAGAAGCAGGAAAAACUAGAGCAGCAGAUCGUAGAAUUAACUCGGCAAAUGGAAGUCCUGAAUGAUAGGUCAGUGGUGGCAAAUGCAGAUCUGAAAGCAGACAUGGAGCGUUGGCAUAAAACAAAGCAGCGAGAUGUGAAAGAAAUUCUUAUCGGCAUGGCAGAUCGACAGAUACGCUACUAUGAAAAGUGUCUGCUUAUAUGGGAGGAUGCUAUACGAGCUAUUCAGAAGAGAGAGGAAGAUGGUGUCCAAGCUCCUGUAGAUUCUACUGCCACCUCAACCACCAUCACCACCACAUCUUCAACUGUAACAACAACUUCAACAGCAGACUCUAUCAAUAGUUGUAGUAAGGUGCCAAGUAAUUCAGAUAACACAGGUUCACCUAAGAUCUCAUAAAUUAUCUCUACAAAAAACAAACCACUGUACAUAAUAUUCUGGCAUAAAUGUUGCCAGUAUCUUUUUUUCCAGAUUGAUACUUGAUAAAAAUUAAUUGAUGAAUCAGACCAAAGGAUGGUGAAUGUGAUUAAUGUGACUUUAAAUAGAAAUAUGUUAUACUUAUUUAAGUAAGAGAUAGUGUUUUAUUUAAAAAACAGAAAUAGUUUUUGUUUUUUUUUGUAAUGCAAACCUUAUUCAUUUUUCAAGCCUAUUACAGUUGAUUUGCAAAUAAAAUAAAAAUUUCUGGCACUGAACUGCAGUGUAUUUGAGUACAGCAUAGAAAUAGGCUUCCAGUGUGAGAACGAUCUUAAAAGCCUUCGUUAAAACUUGGGCUGGAUUAUUAUUGGGCUUCUUGUAUGACUCUGUGCUAAGGACACCAGCUAGUUUUGACUCCAGCUUUAGGCAAUGUAAGAAAUGAACAACAGAAGUAAGAAUGAUUCUGUGGGUUAAUAAUUUUCACUUCAUGACCUCGCUUUUACCCCAUAUAAAAGAAUUAUAAUUGUGCUUGCUGCAGGACAUUGAUGCCUGUGCAAUAGUUUGCAUCUCAAAACAGGAAUUGUUUGGAAGCUCAAUAAAACUCUUUAAAAAGAACAGUAGAAAGCGAGGCAAAGGACAUCAGAACCAUGUGGGCCCAACUGAAGGGGGUUGCCCAAAACCGGGUUCGCCGGAAAGGUCUUGUUGCAGUCCUAUGCUCCUUGAGGAGUAACAGGAAAUGAAAUCUAAACUAACUCAAUGGAACUCAGUUCCAUUCUGCAGAGGCUGCAUUCUGUUCACACCUUAAAGCUUGUAUGCAUGAGCUUCGAAAGAGUAUAUGCAUAUUCAUCCUGACCAGCUUGCCCAAACAAAUUUAAAAACGAUUGCUCCAUUAGGUCUUGAAGGUCAACCAGAGUCAAGCAUGAACAUUAAAUUCAAAUUUGCUUGUUAGUUAAUAAACAUACUGCUGUCAUUAGUUUAUCACAAAAAUGCAUUUUGAUUUUUUUAAAUGAAUUUCCUGUGGGAAAGCACAUGAACUUGUAUUACUGGACUGCUGGCAGAUGAUUUUUUCCAGUUAAUUACUAAAACGAGGCUGGUGUGUAUAAAACUUCCAGUUUGGUCACAUUCAUUGUUUAGGCUCGCCGAGACUAAUAGUGGAGAACUUUCCAAGAGGCUAAGUGCUGGUCUUGGCAGACAGACAGCAAUCCACCUAUGCAUGUCCAUGGAAAGCAUAUGUUGGCUGACCUAAAUUCUGACUUGUGACAUCACUGAAGGUAGUAGCCAGUGCAAGAGCUUUGAGGACUUGCAAAUAAGGCAUUGCCAUAAUAGCUAGCCUACUUUUUGCUAAAAACGGUCAUUAAGCUUUUUCAAAAAUACAGGGCAGAAUUAAAUGUUCUAUGUAUCCUGCCAACAAAACAAGUUAUUUGCUCAGUAUUAGUAUCUUGUAAUGAACAAUGGCUCUGGAAAUUUGAAGAUUAUCUUGCAUGUGGGCUAUCCUUUAAAGAUUUAAGUGUUGUCAUGCUAUCAAGAAAUGGUAGCUGUUCCUAUCAUUCUCAUCUAUUUACCAUGGUCUGCUGGCUGCUUUGAUUUUGCCUCUGUGCAUUUAUACACCUGUGCAUCAUGCUCAUUAGUCAGUUUACUGUCAUGUUCCAUCAAAGGGGCUGUAUUUGUGAGAUAAUGCUGGUGCUUUCUUAUUACAGUUUUAAAUAAAGCUUACAUUUUUCUUAAAUUUUGGGGGUCUUUUAGUAGUUUUAAAAUGGCCCCUCUUUACAGUUCAUCAAAGCAAGACCAAUUACACCAUGCAGCAGAUAUUGUCUUUGACACCACUGAUGUUUCAGUGCUCACAUUAAGAUUUACUUCAAGUGAUAAAUAUGUGAAUCUUACUGUUCUGCUUUGGAAUUGCAGAUUUAUGUGCAAUACUUUUGUGGUAUAAUUUCAUUAUGAAGUUGCUAUACUUACAAGACACUAGUCUACUAGUCACUAGUCUGUGGGCUUAAAAGAACAGAUUAAUUGCAUGAAUGGUGGUUGCCUUUUUUCCUAAUGUGGAAUAUAAUUUCUUUAAGCCUAAAAUGCUCGUGGAGAUUUUGAAGAACUGUAAUAUUGAUUAAAACCAUAAUAUGAAGUCCUAUGUAAAAAAUUCAAAGGAGAUUUCAAGUGAAGGAAAGCAAUGUUUCUUUUCUCAUAAAGUCAUCAGCUAAAGAUAAGUGCUUAUGUUUUGUGCCUUUCCGGUUGUGUUGUAUAUCUGCAUCACAUUCAAUGCUGUGAUCGCAAUUAUUUCUUCUUUAUUUGACAAAAUAGCUUCUUAUUGUAUACUUUUUUCACGAGGUGUUUCAUUUAACAAAUAGUAAGUAUUAACCAAGAUAUUCUUUAUGGAAAGUAUUUGUUUAUUUGAUUGAGAUUAGGUUUUUGGUUUUCAGAAAUCCUUAGUUAUAGAGCAUGUGGACAGACAUGUAUAUGGAUAUACCCAUUGUGGGUAUCUGUGGGCUUACAUGCACUUUAAACAUAGGAGGUAAAGCACUGGUGUCUGCAAAGUCCCAAGUAUUUGCUAUAACCAGUAUUCAGAUGUUGACUUCAGUGCCCCAUAGCACAGUUCAUAGAUCAGUCUUCACCACACUUAUUUAUUGCAAUAGAUGUUUUAUAUCUAUUUACUUUUGGCAAAAUUGGUAUCAAAUACUCAUCAUGUGUUACAUUCAUUAUCUAUCUUAUGAGUACUUUUGACAAAACUGAUUAUAUUUUGUUGGUCAGUGCAAUUUUGUAAAUUAUUUGCUCUGGCGUUUAUUAUGAAUAGUAGGUAAGGUGUGUACGUGGAGAGUGAAUGAAAGAUAGGCAGAGAGUCAUUAUAAUCCUACCAAGUCGAUGGACUUUUAUGUAUUAAGUGUCUUGUCACUAUUUAUGAACUGCAUGCAUGAUUCUGUUUCCAAUGCAUUCCAUUUCCAUAUUUGUAAGCAUGUCUCAUUGCCAUUGUGAUCUAGCUAUAGCACAAGAAGUGUUGACUUGAUCUCUUUUCACUCUUUUGAUUUUUCACAAAAUCAUCCAAAGUGCAGUCGUCCCUUAGUGUCUGCAGGGGUUGGUUCCAAGACGUCCAUGAGUACCAGAAUCUGCGAAUACUCAAGGAUCUUACAUAAAACGGCAUAGUGUUUGUGUGUAACCUACAGAUAACUUUCCCUAGUGGGGAAGCAGCUAGCCAAGUUCUAAAGCACCGGUGUCAAAACCUAGAGGCAUGUUGGUUUUUAAUACCAGUGUAAGCACACCAAAAUUUCCCCUCUCCCUCAACCGAGCUGUCUGGAGUAGGUACCUGACCCAUGGAGAAUUGGGAAGAUAAGACAGCAAGAGGCAUCACCUCACAAAACAGGUAGCACCAAGAAAAGUGAUCUCUCUGAUACUGACUACCCAAAAAACCUAUAAAGGUUAGGGCAUGACCAUUAUUUUUAAUUCCUAAUACAAUGUAAGUGAUAUAUAAAUAGUUGCUAUACUGCAUUGUUAAACAACUAAUGGCAGUAAAAAGAUGUGUACAUUUUUUAGCAUAGAUGCCUCAUAGACCUACGUACAGAGUAUAUGGCAACAUAUGGUAGAGAGAAACUGAAAUGACAGGAGGUUAUUCUAGCACAUCUACGUGGAUUAAAGUAGUAAAUUCAAAUUUUGCUUUUUGGAAUUUUGAAUAUUUUUUUAUCUGUGGUUGUUGAAUCUCUGCGGACGUGGAACCAAUAAAUACAAAAGGGUGACUGUAUAGUUCCUCAGAAACCAGAGUUAUGCCAUGUAGGAAUAAAAUGAAUAGCUUCAUGGAGAAAAAAUAAAAUGGAGCAUAUCUGUAUGCUUCUAACCUUCCAUUUAUGAGAAAUUAGUAUAAUUCUAACGUGUGUAAUUAAAAAUACAGUGGAACCUCGGUUAACGAACUUAAUCCGUUCUGGAAAGCUGUUCGUUAUCCGAUGU